CGCCCAUGCCCAGCGGCUCCUCGCGGCAACCGGCACAACACAGCAAGAUGGCCGCCGUGCCGCCGGUCGCCUGAGGGCGGUAUCCGAGCGUCUCCGCGUCGCCUCUCCGGCGAAGCUGUCCCUCCCGGUCCUGCGGCGGUUUUGAUGGCCAUCUGGUUUUAUUCUUGCAAUGAAGAAAGGCUCUGCACAAAACUUCUCCAAAGCAAAGAUGCCACUGUCCUCUCAUUUUUCUGGGCCAUCAUCUCUUAAGUCCAAUAUGAGAUCUAGGUCACUUUCACCUUUAAUUGGAUCUGAGAUGCCACCUUUUCAUACUCCUGGACAGUGCUCUGCACAGACUGAGCAUACAGAUGAAAACACCAUGCUUUCGGAGUCCCAGCACCAUAAAGGAGCUGAUUCAUAUGUAGGAGUCCGGUAUAUUACAGAAGCCCUCAUCAAAAAACUCACUAAACAAGACAACUUGACCUUGGUAAAAUCUUUGAACCUUUCACUUUCUAAAGAUGGUGGCAAGAAAUUUAGGUACAUCGAAAAUUUGGAAAAGUGUGUUAAACUUGAAGUACUGAAUCUCAGCUACAAUCUAAUAGCAAAGAUUGAGAAGGUGGACAAACUGCUAAGAUUACGUGAACUCAACUUAUCAUAUAACAAAAUCAGCAAGAUUGAAGGACUAGAAAACAUGUGUAACCUACAAAAGCUGAACCUAGCAGGAAAUGAAAUCGAGCACAUCCCAGUGUGGUUUGCAAAGAAGUUGAAAUCUUUGCGAGUCCUCAAUCUGAAAGGCAAUAAGAUAUCAUCGCUCCAGGAUGUAAGCAAGUUGAAGCCACUUCAAGAUUUGACUUCUCUAAUCCUCAUUGAAAACCCGAUCGUGACCCUUCCUCAUUAUCCCCAGUUUACCAUUUUCCACCUCCGUUCCCUGGAAAGUCUGGAGGGUCAGCCAGUAACUACUCAGGAUAGACAAGAGGCUUUUGAGAGAUUCAAUUUAGAAGAGGUGGAAAGACUGGAAAAAGACCUGGAAAAGAAGAUGGUGGAAACAGAAGAACUUAAGAACAAACAAGCAAAGUUUCUUCAAGAAAUAAAAAAUCAAGAUAAACUAAAUAAGUCAUUAAAAGAAGAGGCCAUGUUACAAAAACAGAGCUGUGAGGAGCUAGAGAGCGACCUCAACACAAAGAAUGAGUUGCUAAAACAGAAAACAGUGGAACUAACUCGAGCCUGUCAGAAGCAGUAUGCGCUGGAGCAGGAGCUGGCCUUUUAUAAAAUCGAUGCUAAGUUUGAGCCACUAAAUUAUUACCCAUCAGAGGAUGCUGAAAUUGACAAAUCCCCAGAUGAAAGCCCUUACAUUGGCAAAUCCAGAUACAAGAGAAACUUGUUUGCCACCGAGAGUUUCAUUGUCAGCGAUGCCCAGGCUGUUCAGAUCCAGAAGAUGGUACCUGGAGGACAGCUUAGAAACAAGCACACGCCCCUGAGAGUCCAUGCCUCAUCGGAUGUGCAAUUGGAAGACACAGGAAAAAAAAUAAGUGCAGCACAAAUUCAACUGUCAGAACUACACCAUGAUAUAGAAACAGCAGAACAGAAAAUAUUACGGGCUAGUCAAGAAUUUCAGCAGCUGGAAGAAGCUAUACAACAAAAAAAGAUUUCAGAAGCAGAGAAGGACCUUCUUCUCAAACAGUUGAGUGGUAGAAUACAACUGCUAAACAAAUUACGCCAGGAGGCUCUGGAUCUAGAAAUGCAAAUGGAAAAGCAAAGGAAAGAAACUGCCGAAAAGCAGGAGGACAUCAACAACCUGCAAGUAGCCAUAGAGAGCCUGGACUCCAAAGACCCAAAGCACUCCCAUAUGAAAGCUCAGAAAAGGGGUAAAGAACAGCAGCUUGACAUUAUGAACAAGCAAUACACACAUCUCGAGAGCCGCCUGGAUGAGAUUCUGUCUAGGAUUGCUAAGGAGACUGAAGAGAUCAAGGAUCUUGAACAACAGCUUACUGACGGCCAGAUAGCUGCAAAUGAAGCUCUGAAGAAGGAUUUAGAAGGUGUCAUCAGUGGGUUGCAAGAGUACCUGGGGACCAUCAAAGACCAGGCAGCUCAGGCCCAGAAGGAGUGUAGGAAGCUCCGGGAUGAGAAGGAGACAUUGCUGCAGAGACUGACAGACAUCAGGCAGGAGAGGGAUGAACUGGAAAUAGUUGCCAUGGAUGCAGAAAAUAUGAGAAAGGAGCUUGCAGAGCUAGAAAGUGCCCUCCAGGAGCAGCGUGAGGUGAAUGCAUCCCUGCAGCAAGCCCAAGGAGAGCUCAGCGCCUAUGAAACUGAGCUAGAGACUCAGCUGAGACUAAAAGAAGCUGAAGCCAGCCAGCUCAAGGAGGAGUUGGAAAAACUCACAAGGCUCGCUCAGCUAGAGCAAUCGGUGCUUCAAACAGAACUGGAGAAGGAAAGAGAGUCCCUCAGGGAUGCCCUGGGCAAAGUCCAGUCCUCAGAAGAGAAGCAACAGGAGAACAGUGAGCUCCACACACAGCUUAAGAAGCUGCAGGAUGACAACAGCCUGUUAAAGCAGCAGCUGAAAGAUUUCCAGAACCACCUCAACCACGUGGUUGACGGUCUGAUUCGUCCAGAAGAAGUAGCAGCUCGUGUAGAUGAGCUAAGCAGAAAGUUGAAACUAGGAGGUGGGAAAAUGAGAACCUAUAGUCCUUCAGAUGUCUUGGGGAAAAGUCUUGCUGAUCUACAGAAACAACUCAGUGAAAUCCUUGCACGAUCUCAGUGGGAAAAAGAGGAAGCACAAGUUAGAGAGAGGAAACUCCAUGAAGAAAUGGUUCUCCAGCAAGAGAAACUGGCAAAUGGACAAGAGGAGUUCAGGCAGGCCUGUGAAAGAGCACUUGAAGCCAGAAUUAAGUUUGAUAAAAGGCAACAUAAUGCAAGAAUCCAGCAAUUAGAAAAUGAAAUUCACUAUUUGCAAGAAAACCUAAAAAGUAUGGAAGAAAUCCAAGGCCUUACAGACCUCCAGCUCCAGGAAGCAGAUGAAGAGAAAGAAAGAAUUCUGACCCAACUCCAGGAGUUAGAGAAAAAGAAGAAGCAUGAAGAUGCCAAAUCUCAGGAGCAGUUUAUUGGUUUAGAUAAAGAACUGAAGAGUCUAAAGAAAGCUGUGGCUGCUUCUGAUAAACUAGCUGCAGCCGAGCUCACCAUCGCUAAAGACCAGCUCAAGUCCCUGCAUGGAACUGUCAUGAGAAUUAAUCAGGAGCGAGCCGAGGAGCUGCAGGAAGCAGAGAACUUCAGCAGAAAGGCCAGGCAAGCAGCCAGAGACCUGACUCUGGCUGAAGCGGAGAUCGAGCUCCUGCAGCAUCUUCUCAGGGAGAGAGAGGGGCAGUUUCACAUUGAGACGGAGAAUGCAGGCGUAGGUUCGAAAGGAGCAGACUCACGGCUGCUAGAGAUGGAGAUGCUGAAUGAGGCCAUGGCGAAGCAAAGGGCUGAGAUCACAAGGCUUCGGGAUGUACUACACCUCACUGGGACCGAUAACAGAGGAGGCAUUGAAAAUGUUUUAGAGGAAAUUGCUGAACUCCGGCAUGAAGUUUCUGCUCAGAAUGAGUACAUCAGCAACCUGACAGAUCCUUUCAAAAGACAAGGCUAUUGGUAUUUUAUACCACCACCGCCAUCAUCAAAAGUUUCCAGCCAUAGUUCUCAAGCCACAAAGGACUCCGGUUUGGGUCUAAAGUAUACAGCCUCUACUCCUCUUAGAAAACCACAGCCUGGACAGCAAGAAGAGAAGGACAACCGUGGACCUCUGCCUACUUCAGGAUACUGGGUCUAUUCACCCAUCAGAAGUAGGUUGCGUAAAUCAUUUUCAAAUAGAGAAGAUGCAGACAGUGGAGGAGAUAGCCAGGAAGAGAGUGGACUGGAUGACCAGGAGGAACCCUCAUUUGUGCCUCCUCCUGGGUACAUAAUGUAUACUGUGCUUCCUGAUGGCUCUCCAGUACCCCAAGGAAUGGCCUUGUAUGCACCAUCACCUCUUUUGCCCAGCAACAGCCAACCUCUGACCCCUGGCACUGUGGUUUAUGGCCCACCUCCUGCUGGAGCCCCCAUCUUAUGUGGACCUCCUCCCACCAACUUUGCUGUUCCCCUUGUCCCUGUGGGUAUGCAGCACUGCAAUGUCCCAGAGCACCAUAACCUAGAGAAUGAAGUGUCUAGACUAGAGGACAUAAUGCAGCACCUAAAAUCAAAACGACGGAAAGAACAAUGGCUGAAAGCAACCAAGCAGCAUUCUGAGAAAGAAGUGGAAGAGCUGCUGCAGAAUAUUGAUGACCUUUUGCAAGAGAAGAAAGAACUAGAACAUGAAGUAGAAGAAUUGCAUAGAACCAUCCAGAAACAUCAACAACGAAAGGACUUCAUUGAUGGAAAUGUUGAGAAUCUUAUGACUGAACUAGAAAUAGAAAAGUCUCUCAAACGCCAUGAGGAUAUUGUCGACGAGGUUGCGUGCAUAGAGAAGACUCUUCUGAAGCGGCGCUCGGAGCUCAGGGAAGCUGACCGACUUUUGGCAGAGGCUGAGCAUGAGCUUUCCUGCACUAAGGAGAAGACAAAGAAUGCUGUUGAAAAGUUCGCUGAUGCUGAAAGAAAUUUAUUACAAACUGAGUCAGAUGCUGAGGCAUUAGAAAAGAGAGCCCAGGAGACUGCACUUAACCUCAUGAAAGCCGAGCAGCAACUAAGACUGCUCCAGGCUGAUGCAGAGGACUUGGAGCAGCACAAAAUCAAACAAGAAGAGAUCUUAAAAGAAAUAAACAAAGUUGUAGCAGCCAAAGAUGCAGAUUUCCAGUGUCUGAAUGAGAAGAAGGAGAAACUGACAGAAGAGCUUCAGAGUCUGCAAAGAGACAUCGAGAUAGCAGAAUGCAAUGAGGAUCGCCACCUGCAGAUCCUCAGAGAAUCUGAGACUCUCCUUCAGGCCAAGAGAGCUGAGCUGGAAACACUGAAAAGCCAGGUGACAAGCCAGCAGCAGGAGCUGGCUGACCUAGACACGCAGUUGAGGCAUAGAAGGGAGGAGCUGCUCCUACUCCAGGACAGCCUGGUCCAGGCAAAAUCUGACCUCCAGGAAGCCCUGACACUGGGCGAGACGGAAGUCGCUGAGAAGUGCAGUCACAUCAGGGAAGUAAAGUCUCUGCUGGAAGAACUGAGUUUCCAGAAAGGAGAACUGAAUGUCCACAUCAGUGAAAAGAAGACUCAGCUCGCACUUAUAAAGCAGGAGAUGGAGAAAGAGGAAGAAAACCUUCAGGUAGUUUUACAGCAGCUGCAGAAACAUAAGGCUGAACUGAAGAAUGUAGCAAACACGCUGCAACUUGAAAACAGUGAGCUCCAAGGUCUGAGGCUACAGCACGACCAGAAGCUGACGGAGCUGGAGAAGACCCAGGUGGACGUGCUGGAGGAGAAGCUGGAGCUGGAGAGUUUGCAGCAGACAGCACAGCAGCAGAGCAGGGAAAUAGAGUGGCAGAAGCAGCUGCUGGAGAGAGACAAGCGGGAAAUAGAGCGAGUGAGGGCCGAGACCCAGGCACUGCGGUCAUGCGUGGAGUGUUUGACUAAAGAAAAGGAAGAUCUCCAAGAACAGUGUGAAACUUGGGAAAAGAAGUCUUCACAUGCCAAAAGAGUUCUAGCAGCUUCUGAAGAAAGCAACAGAACAGAGCAGUCAACGCUAGGGAAGCUGGAACUGCGUGUCAGAGAGCUGCAGCAGGAGCUGGAGCACCUGAGCCAAGACAAGCUAGCCCUUCACAGCGACAUUUCCACGGUGCAGCAGCAGCUCCAAGAUAAACGGGAAGCCAUAAACUCGCUACAGGAGGAACUAGAUAAUACCCAAGACCAUUUGAACGUAGCAAAGCAGGACCUGCUCCACACCACCCAGCGCCAGAAUGCUCUGCUCAGUGAACAGGGGCAGCUGCAGAAGGACAUCAGCAAAUGGAUUGCCAGGUUUGAGAACUGCCAGAAAGAGACAGAGACUAAAGAACAGCAACUUCAGGAACUUCAGAAUGAAAUCAGAGAGAGCAAGCUCCAGCUAGACCAGCAAGAAGCGAUGUUUCAAAAACUCCAGAAGGAAAGAGAAAGUGAGGAACAGAAGCUAGAGGCUGGUAAAGUGACCCUGAUACAGCAACAAGAGCAGCUGGAGAAGGAGCUGACAGAGCAGAAACUCAAACUGGAGCAGCUGCUCACAGACGUGUCGGCAGCCGAAGGACGCCUCAGGACCCUGCAGGAAGAGGAGCGGUGCAGUGAGAGCCUGGAGAAGAGGCUCUCCCAGGCCAAACAGGAGCUUUCAGAACGGGAACAGCAGCUAAUGGAGAAGUCAAGUGAGCUGUUGGCCCUGCAGAAAGAGGCAGACGCUAUGAGGGCAGAUUUCAGCCUACUGCGAAAUCAGUUCUUAACAGAAAGGAAAAAGGCGGAGAAGCAGGUGGCUGGCCUAAAGGAAGCAUUGAAGAUACAGCAGAACCAACUAGAGAAAAACCUUCUAGAGCAAAAACAGGAGAAGAGCUGCAUGCAAAAGGAAAUGGCCACAAUUGAACUGGUAGCCCAGGACAACCAUGAGCGGGCCAAACGCCUCAUGAAGGAGCUCAGCCAGAUGCAGCAUGAGUACCUGGAGCUCAAGAAACAGAUGGCAAACCAAAAAGACUUGGAGAGAAGGCAAAUGGAAAUCAGUGAUGCAAUGAGGACACUUAAGUCUGAAGUGAAAGACGAAAUCAGAACCAGUCUGAAGAAUCUCAACCAGUUUCUUCCAGAACUACCAGCAGAUCUAGCAGCUAUUUUGGAAAGAAACGAAAACUUGGGAGAGCUGGAAAGCUUGAAAGAGAACUUCCCAUUUACCACGAAUGAGAGACUUUUUGAAGAAAAAUCUAACUUUUCCCAAGUUCACAUCAUGGAUGAACACUGGCGUGGAGAAGCACUCCGUGAGAGACUGCGCCACCGUGAAGAUCGACUCAAGGCUCAACUUCGACACUGUAUGUCUAAGCAAGCAGAAGUGUUAAUCAAAGGGAAGCGGCAGACAGAGGGCACCUUACACAGUCUGAGGAGACAAGUUGAUGCUUUAGGAGAACUGGUCACCAGUACCUCUGUAGAUUCAACGUCAUCACCUAGUCUGUCUCAUCUAGAAUCAUCCCUUGUGGAGGACUCCCAACUUGGACAAAGUCAGAGCUCCUUCCAAGUUCUGCAAGGUCCAUCGGAACCACACAGUUACCACCGCUGAGUUUCCUGCUUGCAGGGAAAAGAAGCCUCAGCCGAGGUCAGGAAUAUGGUCUUGUGUGAGCUUAAGAGGAAACAACUACUCUCCUACCUCACUUUCUAAUUGGAAUGUCAAUAUAUUACCAAGAUCCUGUGAAUCAAAGACUCUGAGAAUGCAUUGUAGUUCGUGUUUGUACUGUUUACACUGAAGUUUUUGUAAAUUACAUGUACCUGUGGGACUAGAUGUAUAAAGUCUAAACCAGAAUAUUUUUCUCCCCCAGCCUUGAAAAGUUUUUGUUCCUCCUGAGUCCAUAACUGGUAUGCCUAGUUACCAUGAAAAAAGAAUGUACUAAGAGCCCCAAGGCUUAAUAAGUUAUUUUCAGAUUCUGAUCAAAAUUAUUUUUAAUAUGAAAAUAAACGGUACAGCCAACUUGGGUCUGUUGUUUGACAUUUCACAGAGCAUUAUUUAGUAAGUCAUCAGGUUAUGACAAUGACAUCUUCCAACCUUUUUCCCAUCUAUCUGAUCUUCUUAGCAGUGAGUGUUUCCUUCUUCCAGAAGUCUCCAUCGGGAAACUGCUGCACUUAAGACUGCUUUUCUUUAGCCUAUUAAAAUAGUAAUUCUCUGGUGGAAAACAUCAAGACUGUAUUCUGGAGACUCAGCUCUGGUGAUAAAUGUCUAUCAGUCAACCUUUAAGCACUCUAACAACUCAACUGUGAUCUCUACAUCUCUUCAGAAAUGACCAACCAACCCUACCCUGUCAAAGCUGUGUGGCUCUAACCAUCCUAAUGAUGUUGGUGACUGGACAGCCUUUGAGCCAUAGUCAGCACUGCCCAACAGCCCCUCACAAUAAGGAAUAUAUAUUCUCAUUAAGCUGUCUGGCUACAGUUGAACCAUUAAGAUGCGGGGUAAAUACAAUUAUAACAGAGAUAAUGGGAGUCACACCUUACUUACUGCACAGUAUGUUCCAGAAGGCAUGUAUUUCCCAUAUAUCUUCUAUAUUCCUGUUCUCCUUUCACUUUACAUCUUUGCAAAAUGCUUAAAGGCAUAGGCUAAUCACAAAUAUGGACAAGGUCUGGGAACACAUUAUUCUGGGCCUGGACCAAGUAACUGUCAUAUGAGUCCUUCAUCUCUACUUCCAUAUAAGUAGGAAUGGGAGCUAUCUGGAUUUUGUUUUGUUUUUCUGUUUAUGGUGAAGGAUCUUAAAACCAUCUAUUUCUUUUAAGGCCACAUUUAAAACAGACGUACAGGCAAAAAAAAAAAAAAAAGUCUCAAUAAGCUUAUUGAGAAAGUGAGGUAACAAAUGUAUGAACCAAAACACCUGAUUUCAAAAAUGCCCUUCCACAGAUGUAAGUCAAUGGCGUAAUGCUUGCCUUGUAUGUGCAAAGUCCUAGGUUUGAUCCACUGCAUACACCAAAAACUUGCCAGUUCCAAAAGGACAUCUUUCUAAAGAAACCUUGUAUAACCUUUUACUAGUACAAUGUGACCACCACUGACCAACUCCGUCUGUCACUGCAUUCCACACUUUAUGACUUGAGAAAAACAGCUCAAAGCUGCUGGAGUGCUGAUGCAGAUGAGCACUAGUUACCACCACCAGAGCAGCUCCUCAUAGUGAAAGCAGUCACAACACCAGAGUAGCAAGCACUUACACAAGCUCUUGUAGGUUAAAAAUUAACAAAUCCACUCUGCCCAGUGUCUGGCACACAGAUGUUGCAAUAUGACAGUUUGCUCCUCUAUCUUACACUCCCGAGUUUAUUACACGGUGUUACACAUGCAAAUAAAAUUUGGCCCCACAUACAGUAAAGAGAGAACACUAUUAGCCACCAAUGUGCUGGCCUCAAAGAUACAAUAUACAAGGAUGGAACUCCAGCUCAAUUAGUGGUUUUAUAAGCUACACAGACCUCGCCAUACACUAAGCACAAUGCUGCAAUAAAAACUGAAUAAAGUUUUUACAGUUCAAAAAUAAUGCAACUAUGUUCAAUUUAAUCUAGAUACAGGUACUUUAUUUACAAAUAUUUAGAUAAUAGCAUUUUGUUACAUCGAACGAAGAGUACAGCAGUCUGAAUAAAUCCUUCUGUCACAAAAACAAGACCCACUGUAACUGAGAGUCAGGGCAUUGCACCUACACAAGUCGAAGUCGUCUUUAGUUUGAUUGCUACCUUGUACCCCGAUGGGUGAUUUGUUUUGUUUUUGUAAAUAUAUACACAUACCAGCAGGUCAUGGUCCCUGGGCAAAUCCCUUGUGAUGCAACAGUGUAAGCAAAUGGAUCGCUCUAAGUCUUUAACAGAAUAUACCAAUCUACUCCAGGAAUCCUUUAAGUUAAACAAAGACAAAAGGAGAAUCCACAAAUAAACCAAAUCCUAUUUUCUGCACAUUCCAGUUUUGGCUUUUAUUUAACAUUGACUAUACAAAACUCUGGAACUACCACGUUUAUAAUCCAGAAAGAUGUACUUUUUCAUUAGUGUCUGGUAAAGAGGGAUUUAAAAUGUGAAUUUUAAACACAGCAUUGAGCUGAUAGCAUUAUAUAAUGUGCCUAGGGCUUCCCUGUGAGCACUUCCAAUGACCUCUUGAAUCCCAGCCACUUUCAACUCUAGAAACCAACCACGAAGAAUUGAGUAAAACAGAUGCCUUCUAAAGGUUUCUCUUACAAGGUGUUUUUUGUGGCCGACUACCCAGUGCAAAGUAGUAACUUUAUGUCAGCAUACACAUUUAGAAACACUUUCCUUUUACUAAACAACUGACACUAGCAGGACAUAAAAUAGCCCCUCAUCCUAUGAACACAAGUGAUAGCAUUAAAUUAUUUCACCUUAGUGUUAAAAAUGCACAAUUUAAAAUCCCUUAACAGCAGACCUGUGGUUCCGGCUAGCUGGUCCAGAAGUUGACCAUUCCAAGAUAAAAGUAUAAAAGCUUAAAAUGUGCAAUAUUAAACCCAGCCUUCUUCCUUUUUCUAUACAGUAAGGCAAGAAUGCAGCCUGUAAUAAAAUGUUUACAAAAAGAAAAGCAGGUCAGCACAUUGUCGAUUACACAAGAGCAGUUAAGAAAAUCAGCAGGUAAGCCACAGUGCAAAGAUGGAAUCGAAUCCGCUAGUGUUUCCGCUGAUGCCAGGAGCUCUUUCCAGCAUUAUGUCUGUCCCCAAACACUGCCAGCACCAAGGUGGAGCCAGUAUUACUUGUGAAACUGAAGUUGUGUCUUAUUUCCUUGUGUGAGAUGGAAGAGAAUAACAUGGUCACAUAUAGGUCACACUGUACAAACUGGUAUUUUAUACUGUUCCAAUGCCAGUAAUCAAUUUAUUUUCUUCAUUAAAAUAAUAUACACAGAAGAUAUUGUUAGUUAGGUUCCUUCAAAUUUUAUACAUAUUUACGUUCUGUUAAAGAGAAAAGGAUAAAAUGGUGUAAAAAAAAAAAAAGAUAAA